AUGCCUCAACUGGGCCGUGCUGAUAUUGUGCCUCGGGCCUUCCAGGCUCCUUCCUGGAUGAUGAACUGCUUCUCAUCCAAGGCCGAGGACCGGCUCUUCAGGAAACUGUUCAGGAGAUACAACCAGUUCAUCCGACCGGUGGAGAACGUCUCUGACCCCGUCACCGUCGAAUUCGAGGUCUCCAUCUCGCAGCUGGUCAAAGUUGAUGAGGUGAAUCAGAUAAUGGAAACAAAUUUAUGGCUCAGACAUAUUUGGAACGACUACAAGCUGCAGUGGAUGCCGGUGGAGUUCGACGGGAUUGAGUUCAUCCGAGUUCCAUCGAACAAGAUCUGGAGACCCGACAUCGUGCUCUACAACAACGCCGUAGGGGAUUUCCUGGUGGAAGAUAAGACCAAGGCUCUCCUGAAGUUUGAUGGUACCAUUACCUGGGUUCCUCCAGCUAUUUUCAAGUCCUCCUGCCCCAUGGACAUCACCUACUUCCCCUUCGACUAUCAGAACUGCUCCAUGAAGUUCGGCUCCUGGACUUAUGAUAAAGCCAAGAUUGACCUGGUACUUAUUGGGUCUAAGGUGAAUCUGAAAGACUUCUGGGAGAGCGGCGAGUGGGAAAUCAUCGACGCUCCGGGCUACAAGCACGACAUCAAGUACAACUGCUGCGAGGAGAUCUACCCGGACAUCACCUACUCCUUCUACAUCCGGCGCCUGCCCCUCUUCUACACCGUCAACCUCAUCAUCCCCUGCCUCCUCAUCUCUUUCCUCACGGUGCUGGUUUUCUAUCUCCCGUCCGACUGCGGAGAGAAGGUCACGCUCUGUAUCUCCGUCCUGCUCUCCCUCACUGUCUUCCUGCUCGUGAUCACCGAGACCAUCCCCUCCACCUCGCUGGUCAUCCCGCUCAUCGGCGAGUACCUGCUCUUCACCAUGAUCUUCGUCACGCUCAGCAUCGUCAUCACCGUGUUCGUGCUCAACGUGCACUACCGCACGCCGAUGACCCACACCAUGCCGGAGUGGGUGCGCUCCGUGUUCCUCCGGACGCUGCCGAGGAUCAUGCUGAUGCGGAGGCCGAUUGACCACGACGGCAAGCCGGAGGGGUUGGAUGGCAGUGGGGAGGCAGGAGGAGCCGGAGGGGGAGGAGGAGGUGGAGGAGGUGGAGGAGGGAGAGGAGGGAAAAGAGGGAAAGGAGGGAAGAAACGGAAGAAUAGCUUGAUGCAGGUCGGAGGAGGCUCUCUCAACUGUCUGGAGUUCGGGGACAGUAAGUUCUCGUCCGUGGACGGCUGCACGGGUAAGAAAUACCCUUGCCCCUGCAAGCAUGGGAAGGAGACCCCGGAAACACCAGACGUGGGGACGAUAACGCGUCAGCUGAGGCCUCAGAGCAUCAACACCGUGGUGGCCUUCUCCGUGGUGUCACCGGAGAUCAAACAGGCGAUCGACAGCGUCAAGUACAUCGCGGAGAACAUGAGGAGUCGCAACAAGGCCAAAGAAGUGGAGGACGAAUGGAAGUACGUUGCCAUGGUGAUCGAUCGGAUCUUCCUGUGGGUGUUCGUGACGGUGUGCUUCCUGGGAACCGUGGGCCUCUUCUUCCAGCCUCUCCUUAGUUUUUUCUCAUAACUGCCAGACCGAUUCAGGGUCCGCCGUCGACCAAUCCUGAGCGAGCUACUAACUCUCGGUUCUCGGAUUGGCCAAUCAGAAGACAUUUGUAGUCCUAAAGGACUAUUUGGUGUGCUGGUUUUGCUUCUUGCCUUUUGCAUAGAGCAGUGAUAUUAGACAAAUGGAAGUUUUCAGACCGGCUGAUAAACUGCUCAAGAGAUACAAAAGGUUAUAAUGCCUUCAUUUUUAUGCCCUUUAAGAAUGCUUUUUAUUUUUAUUUUUUACCAGAAACUGGACUCUGCCUUUCUGAUAACCUUCACAAAAAUAAGGUUUUAUAAUGUAGUCUCAAAAUGUGUUCAUUCAUUAUUUUUGUAUCAU